GUUAUUGUGAAAUCUAUGGGCUGUGUUAUAUUGGCACCUCUUCUAAACAAAGUUGUAAAAAAAGCUGAGGAUCUGGAUCAAUACCAAGCUGCCAUCACACAUCUGACCAGGACUUGCAGGCCAAAUGAACUCCUGGAUAGCAUGCUUGAAAUAACUGAAGGCAUUGAUCCAGGUGCCAUUUCCGAGACAAUCCUAGCCCUUCUUCCGCAUCUUCAAUCAGUACUUCUCCGGCUGGAUGAGGGGAAGGCGGCCUGUGUGGGCUCGACUCUGUCGGCCCUGCAGAAGCAGCUGUCCCGGCUGCCUGUGCCUUACACGGAGCAGCAGGAGGAGGCUGAUGAGUACGGCCUGUGCCGCUGCAGCGCUGCCUUGACUGCGUUCGCAGAACCUUUCGUGGAGGAAGUGAAGAGGACAGACGGAAAUUGUGCUGCUACAGCUGAAGAUGAGGAGCUAAAGAUUGAGCUUCUGAAGUUCUGCAUGAGGAGUUUGAGAGCGCCUUUGCUUGAGGCUGAACUGAAGCACGACAAAAAAUCACCAUUGUGGCUCUUUGCAGUAGAGAUAAUGGUCACACUUUCUGCAAUCAAAGAGCCUCUUCCGGGGCUCCUUUUCUUCAGCUCACUGAGGAAAAACAUCCUGAUGGACAAUAAUCAGUUCAAGGAGGCGAGAGCAUGUCUGGCUUAUCUGCUGUUUGUUCAGCUCAUAACCAUCGACAACUUUCCAGCAGUGUUCAGCCAUGUGUUUAUUCUCCAGUGCAACAUGGAAUACAUCAGUCAGCUGCUCAGCAGCAAAAAGGAAUCACAUUUGCUCAAAGGAUUGGCGCUGUUCACAAAAAGCUUGGAGCGUGUGCAGGACAACAGCCUCCCAGUGAGUCUGCUGGAUCUGAAGAGCUUCUACAGUGUACCACAUAACCUGCGGCGAGUUCUUACCGACUGCCCAAUACAGCACUUGAGAGAAUCGGGCCUGCAGGUUUUCCAGGUAUUCAUCAAUAAAUUAGAUGCAGAAGCAAAGCACAAAUUCUUCAGGUGCAUGUUAAAAACCAGCAAUCACGCAGGAAUAGAAAGUUAUAUAAUCAAGAACAUCAGGAAUCAAUUUGAAUUUUCUAUGAAGCAGGGUAAUGCCAACGAUUGGUUCUUGGGAACGGAGUUUAUUUCGCUGAUGAGACUGGUGCUGCGCUUGCCACAAGGUGCCGAGACAGAUUUGCUCGGCAGUAUGGACAAGGUAAUGGAGAGCCUAAAUCUGCUACGCUAUGUUCUUAUCAGAGACGAAGAGCUGAGAACCAAUGAAGAUGUGUGGGAAGAGUUGUGCAGGAUCAAAGAGGAAUACCUAAAAAUGCUGCGUGUAUGUAUCAGCAUAUCAAGAGCGUAUUAUUCCUCUGAACUGAAAGCACUGAGGGAGGACCAAAAGCUAAAAGCAAAAGAAGCCAGAGAUGCUGCUCGAUCCACUAAAUUAGUCAAAAGCAUCACAGUAAAGCAGGAGAAAGUGUCCAACAUGUCCCCAGAGGUCCAGCACCAGGUGCUGCAGAGUGCUUUGGUGACAUUUGACCUCAUGGAGAGUCUUAUAGUCCGAAUCGAAGAGAUCACGGAGGAAAAACUGAACAAACUAAACUGAGACUCUGAAUUCAGACCCUUCAAUAUUUUUCUAAAUAUAUCUUUAUUUGGUUUGCUUUGUUUGACUGAAUAAAGUGUGUGCUUAUAUACAAGAAUGUAUACAAGAUGAUACUAAAUACUGAAAUGUCUGCUUUUGUAUUUUCAGCCCAUCGGGCUCGUGCUGGUUAGCAUUAAAUAAAACAUGCCGAAUCACCUGCCGA